GAUAAGUAAGAGUCAGGACAAAACACACUGGAGAUAUAGGAGCUACUACUUCGUCUUCUGCUACUGCACAAAACAGCGAAACCACUUCACCAACCUCAGAUUCCUUCGCAUCACCACCACCGUGCCCCAAUCUCCAUAACUUGGUUUUGUUCUGUAAUGGUUGUGAGCAGCAAAUCUUGAGAGAUUUUGGAUCUGUUGGCUGUGAAACCCUAGAUUUCUGCUGUGAGUGUUUGAAAAGUAAGGUUCUUUUUUGAUGGAAGCUGAGGAUGGAACUAGCAAUGCUCAUAAUGCUGUAUGCGCUGAGGAUCCGUGUUUGAAUCCCGGGGCUGUAAAUAAUGGGGUGACAAUGGAAGGUGAGGAUGGUGUUGCUGAAGGUGAAGAAGUUCAGGCCUGGAAGAAUGAAGCUGUGAAUAAUGGGGUGGCUAUUGGAGGUGGGGAUGAUGUUGCUGAAGGUGGAAAAAUUCAGGGAUUGAAGAAUGAAUCUGUAAAUAAUGAGGUGACAAUGGAAGAUGCGGAUGGUGUUGCUGAAGGUGAAGAGGUUCGGUGCUUGGAGGAGGGAACUGUAGGUAACGGGGUGGCUAUUGGAAGUGGGGAUGAUGUUGCUGAAGGUGGAAAAACUCAGGGCUUGAAGAAUGAAUCUGUGAAUAAUGGGGUGGCAAUUGCUGAUGGAAAUGGAGUUGCUGAAGGUGAAGAGGUUCGGUGCUUGAAGGAGGGAACUGUAGAUAACGGGAUGGCCGUUGCAGAUAGAUUUGGUUCUUCUGAAAGGGACUCUGGUGGAGUUGAAUGUUUACGAACUUAUAAGAGGCGGAAGCGUGGAAAGUCAAGUUCAGAAAUUAAAGUGCAGGAAGGAAGCGGAGAAGAUGCAGAAACCAUAAAUCAGUUGUCAGGCCAGAAAGCUUUUAAAAUUGUCGAAGAUGGUCAACAAUGCUCUUCACAAUUUGAGUUGUCGUCUCACAGGUUACAGAGUAAAGCUAAUGGGCAUGCAAAUGUCAUGUGCAAUGGAUUUUCUAGUGAAUCAGAUGGUCGUGGUGUGACUGAGAGGUGUCAGCAUGUAUUCCGUAAUAUCUUAGCCUCUGAAAAGUUCAGUUCGUUAUCUAAAGUUCUACUUGAAAACUUCCAAGGAAUGAAACCUGAAAGUGUAUUUGACUUUAGUGUCAUCAACUCAAGGAUGAAAGAACAAGCUUAUGAUCAAUCGCCUACACUUUUCUUGUUAGAUAUUCAACAGGUCUGGAUGAAGCUUCAAAAUACUGGAAAUGAGAUUGUUGCCAUUGCUAAGAGCCUCUCAAACAUGUCAAAAACUUCAUACUAUGAGCAGUUCAGUAAUUGGGAAUCCAACUCUCACAUGAAACAAGAGCAGACAGAAGAAUGUGCUACAUAUAAAAUAUGCACUUGCAGGCAUUGUGGGGAAAAAGCAGAUGGGACAGACUGUUUGGUUUGUGAUUCAUGUGAGGAGAUGUACCAUGUGUCAUGUAUCGAGCCUGCUGUGAAAGAAAUACCCCACAAAAGCUGGUUUUGUGCCCACUGUACGGCUAGUGGAAUUGGAUCUCCUCAUGAGGACUGUGUGGUGUGUGAAAGGUUGAAUGUCCCAAAGACCCUGAACAACAUUGUUGGUGAGGAAAGCUUCCAUGCAAAUGAGGAAACAUUGAAUGAAUUGGAAGAGAAUUCAAAUUGUAGUUAUGAUGGGAUUCAAGUUUCCAAAGGUGGAACAAACUCAUCUCACUGCAAAAUUUGUGGGCAGGAGGUGGAUGGUGAAAAAAUAAAAAUAUGUGGUCACUCUUUUUGCUCCAGUAAAUACUACCAUGUAAGGUGUUUGUCAGGCAAGCAGAUUAAGUCAUAUGGUCGCUGUUGGUACUGCCCUUCUUGUUUAUGCCAAGUUUGCUUCGCAGAUCGAGAUGAUGAUAAGAUUGUUCUGUGCGAUGGCUGUGAUCAUGCAUACCAUAUCUAUUGCAUGGAACCUCCACAAAAUUCUAUUCCAAGAGGGAAAUGGUUCUGUAGAAGCUGUGAUGCAGGGAUCCAAGCUAUUCGUGAGGCAAGAAAGGCAUAUGAGACUAACAAUUCGAGAUCUGAUGAAAAUGUUUCAAAGCUAAAUGAUGAUAAGAAAUGGAACAAUAAACAAGGAAAAGAAUUGGAUAAAGUUGGAGGAAUGGACAUGCUUUUAACUGCUGCCAAUACUCUGAAAUUUGAGGAGGGUCAUACAGAUUAACUCACAGAGAACAUAAAAUUUCUAGAGGGAAUGUGUUAACUGCUAAUGCCUAAUAUUUCACAUUUCCUGCAUUUGUUUUGGAUGACUGAUUUUGUUAGGUUGUAAAACUGGUAGAAAUUUUCUGACUUUUUGGAUACGUGACACUGGAAAGACAGGGAUUAUAGAGGCCAAAGAGAGAAAAGCAUCACCAGCCACUUUCAGGGAUUAUUUUUCUGACUUUUUGUAAUUGAUGUGAUUGAUAUGCAACUCAAUUAGCUGCUUUGCUUGUUCCAUACAGAGUAUAAUACUUGGAUUGUCAUGUUUUGAGCCAAUAUUUCUGUAGUUUUUGUAUAUUCAAUUUCCGUUUAGUUGAUAGUCAAAA